GAUUUGCUGAACAUGCAGUCUAUAGAUAGGAUAGUAGCUAGCUAAUGCAUGGUAUAGUUGUAACUCUAAAAGGGCAUUACAAUAUACGUACAGCGACCACCUAAAAUAGGGUUUGGGCGUGUAAGACCUAAGUGAACAUGUUUGAACACCUAAUUAGGUGAAGACCAAUAGACUGACAUCAUUUUCAAAUGGUAUAUAAGCUUGGUGUAAGAGAGGCAUGGAGGAGAGGUAGAGGAGAGAUGUACUUGCCAUCCACAGACUCUUCUUGUCCCAACACUCCCUCCCUCCAUCCUCAGGAAUGCAUAGGACAGAUGCCAUCAACUAAAUUCCUUUCCAAGGUUUUGUAAGACUUGUUUCGUAUUAUUUUUGUUAUCUUCUUUUUAUAUUCUUCUUCUAUUUUUGUUCGUAUUAAAUGUUUUACCUUUGUUUGCAUCUAAGUGACUCUGCCUAUUUUUGACGCACAUACAUUUAUAUGUGAUCCAAUUAUUUGAAGUUUGUAUUGGCCCUAUAUAUUUUCUUACAUAUCUGGCGUGCCAGCCCUGCGUAUUUUUUUCCUGACCUUUGCCCUCCAGCUUGCUCAGGGGGAAGGGCAGAUAUAUCUGUACACUUUUUGCAAACUGUCGGGAGAGAAUUAAGAAAAGAACCUAAGGAUACAGACUUUCAGAUUUUAUUGGAACCAAAAGUGCUAAAAGACGCUAUUGACGGCAGACGCAAGAAAGCCAUACAGCGUGAUACAACAGCCACUCAAGGAGAGUUCACUAAACAGGGAACACAGUUCUGCAAGAAAAUGGAGGAACAAAACUGUUUACUAUUGGACAAAGAACCUCCAAAGAAACGGCAAUAUAAGAAGCAUGACAUCAAGAUAGCGUGCUACAUAUUACUUCCAUGGUUGUUGGUGCUGAGUUUUUUGGUUGCUGUGUUGUUUGAACUAUACCAGAAGCCAAUUGGAAUGGAUGAUCCAACAAAGGAUUUACCACAGGAGACAUUGUUAUCACAUAAAAUAAGAGAAGUUCAGGUGGAUCGACUCCUGACAUCAGACAUUGAUACAUCAAGAGACAUUGUUGGACAAAUUAGAUUCGGUUAUGGCUCCAGAGAUCAACCUUGUUUGACUAUAUUUUUUGAGCAUACCUCAGAAAUCACGGUUCAUGCGAAAGUAGGACCAAAAGCCAAAUUCACACAGUCACAGGGGAAUUAUACCCAUAAUAAUAAGACAGGUGUUUGGGAAUGUCAUCCUACUGAGUCCAUGUGGUGGUCUAUAACAAUUAAGGGAGAAGAACAUGCACAAUGGACAGGUGAUGUUACCAAUGAGAUGUUAACAUCAGGGAAAAUGGGAAGAUCUAAGACAGAGAUUUGGUAUAAGACUCAGUCUUAUGGGAAAAUCUUAGAUCCUUCACUGCUUUCUAUAUCAGCAGGGGAUGAUGAUUGGACUAGGGUUUGGAACUUUCAGGUGGAAAGAGAGACAGCUUUGGUCAAAGUAUCUUUUGUGUUUACGGUAACUAAUUCUAUAGCACCUGAAGUUAGAGUAAAUCCCCGUAGUGUGAAAGUCCAAGAGGAAUUGGAACCUAUAGAACUACAAUGUGGGACAAGGUUACCAUUACCUCAGGAAGCAUCACUCGUUUGGUCAAAAGGGAAAACAUCUUUAGGAAGUUUUACGAAUAAUCCAACUCGUAUACUUCAUAAGGGUCAAAUGGGGGAUGUGCAUUGGAAUGCGUCUGCGGGAGGAGAGAAUCUGAAGAAACGUUAUUCUCUAGAAUGCGAAGUGAAUGUCCCUUUCACUGAAAAUGCAACAAACCGCCCAAAUCCGCAAUGCAAGAGCGCCACAAACCCCGCAGCACAUCGCAUAGCAGCGUCACAAAAUGCAAGCAAGCACCUAAUGUUUGUCUUCUGUGGUGAAGCUGUCGGCGCCAGCGUUUGGGUCACAUGA